GCUUUUAACCACGGAGUCGUUUCUUAAGGCUUGUUGAGGGCACUUUUAAAUGUUCAAAUUUAAAUAUGGUGCGUUCACUUUGAAGCAUCUCUUUGUAAAUUCGGGGCUCGGGAUAAGCUUGAGAGGCCAUCAGUAGAAUCUCCUCAUUUCAGGAUUAAAACAAAUAAAAAGCACGCGAAGUGUGUGUGUGUGUGUGUGAAGGACACCUCUCGGGAGUCUCCGGUCAUGUGGCCAGAUUGUCAGGCUCCGGGUAAGUGUCUUCCCUGCUGAGUCACCUGGCCGACCCUGUUUAUUCUGUUUCUGCUUUGGCCUGGCCCCUUGCUUUGGACAAAGUGGCUCUCGCUUUAUCUAGAAAGCAAAUGUGGAGUUUCCUGCGCCCGCUUACGUCCCUUCAUUCGGCUGGAGCUGCGACGAACACCAAAGAACAGGCCGUGGUCCCAGAGUCAAUCCUCGUUAAAACGCCUACUAGGCGGCAGCCCUGGCAGGGCGGCUCCGGGAGCAUCUCGGCGCUCAGCUGUCAUUCAGGCGAAGGGGCGUGUCCGCGCCGGCCGUCCAAUUAGAGACGCCGGCGUCAGGCGUGGGAGCCACAGGGCGGAGGGCGAGGGGACCGCUAAGGCCCAUCACUCCUCAUUCAUGUUCGCACCCGGGGCUCGGCGCGGGAGGCGGGAGCCUGGGAGGACGCCGGGAUAUGGACUCGGUGGCUUUCGAGGAUGUGGCUGUGAACUUCAGCCAUGAGGAGUGGGCUCUGCUGGACCCGUCUCAGAAGAAACUGUACAGAGAUGUGAUGCAGGAGACCUUCACUAACUUGGCUUCCAUUGGGGAAAAUUGGGAAGACCAGAGCAUUGGGGAUGAGUACGAAACCCAGGGAAGAAAUAUAAGAGCUCAUGUAGAACAGAGACCCUGUGAAUGGAAAAGUCCAUGUAGGGAAACCUUCAUCCAGGUUCCAGUUCUUAAACAGAACAAGAAAACUCUUCCUGGAGUAAAACCCUAUGAAUGCAGUGUGUGCAGAAAAGUUUACAUGUGUCAUUCAUCUCUUAAAAGGCAUAUGAAAUCUCAUACCGAACACAAACAGUAUGAGAAUCACAAACACGGAGAAAAGUCAUAUGAAUGUAAAGAAUGUGGGAAAACAUUCAACUUUCGAAGUUCCUUUCGAAUACAUGAAAGGACUCACACUGGAGAGAAACCGUAUAAAUGUCAACAAUGUGGGAAAGCUUUCAGUUGGCCCAGUUCCUUCCAGAUACAUGAAAGAACGCACACUGGAGAGAAACCCUAUGAGUGUAAGGAAUGUGGCAAAGCCUUCAUUUAUCAUACCACCUAUCGAGGACACAUGAGAAUGCACACAGGUGAAAAACCCUAUCACUGUAAAGAAUGUGGGAAGACUUUCAGCCAUCCCAGUUCCUUUCGAAACCAUGAAAGAACUCACUCUGGAGAGAAACCCUACAAAUGUAAACAAUGUGAAAAAGCUUUCAGAUAUUAUCAAACUUUUCAAAUCCAUGAAAGGACCCACACUGGAGAAAAACCUUAUCAAUGUCAACAGUGUGGAAAAGCUCUCAGUUGUCCCACAUCUUUUCAAAGUCAUGAAAGGAUUCACACUGGAGAAAAACCAUAUAAAUGUAGAAAAUGUGGCAAAGCCUUUAGUUUUCCCAGUUCCUUUCGCAAACAUGAAAGAAUUCACACUGGAGAGAAACCUUAUGAUUGUAAGGAAUGUGGGAAAGCAUUCAUUUCUCUUCCAAGCUUUCGAAGACAUAUGAUAAUGCACACUGGAAAUGGGCCUUAUAAAUGUCAAGAGUGUGGGAAAGCCUUCGAUUGUCCCAGCUCAUUUCAAAUUCAUGAGCGAACACACACUGGAGAGAAACCCUAUGAAUGUAAGCAGUGUGGGAAGGCCUUCAGUUGUUCUAGUUCUUUUCGAAUGCAUGGAAGAACUCACACUGGUGAGAAACCCCAUGAAUGUAAACAGUGUGGGAAAGCCUUCAGCUGUUCCAGUUCUGUUCGAAUACAUGAAAGGACUCACACUGGAGAGAAGCCCUAUGAGUGUAAACAGUGUGGUAAGGCCUUUAGUUGUUCCAGUUCCUUUCGAAUGCAUGAGCGAAUUCAUACUGGAGAGAAACCCUAUGAAUGUAAACAAUGUGGUAAGGCCUUUAGUUUUUCCAGUUCUUUUCGGAUGCAUGAAAGGAUUCACACAGGAGAGAAGCCUUAUGAAUGUAAGCAGUGUGGGAAAGCCUUCAGCUGUUCCAGUUCUUUUAGAAUGCAUGAAAGAACUCACACUGGAGAGAAGCCUUAUGAAUGUAAGCAAUGUGGGAAAGCCUUCAGCUGUUCCAGUUCCAUUCGAAUACAUGAAAGAACACAUACUGGUGAAAAACCAUAUGAAUGUAAACAGUGUGGUAAGGCCUUCAGCUGUUCCAGCUCUGUACGAAUACAUGAAAGAACUCACACUGGAGCGAAGCCCUAUGAGUGUCAACAGUGUAACAAGGCCUUCAGUUGCUCCCGUUCUUUUCGGAUCCAUGAAAGAACUCACACUGGAGAGAAACCUUAUGAAUGUCAACAGUGUGGGAAAGCAUUCAAGUGUUCUCGUUCCUUUAGAAUACAUGGAAGAACCCAUAAUGGACAAUGAUUCUUUAAAUGCAAAUCAUGUGAUAAAACCUCCAGUGUCCCAUUAUCCUUUGAUGAUAUAAAAAGACUCUUAGCAAAACCUUGUGAAUAAAAUAAAAAUGUGGAAAACCUUUCA